AUGACUCAAAAUGAAAUGAAUGAUCCGGAAUUUGUGAAAGACAUUGAUAUAAAUGAUCAACGAAAUAGGUAUCUCUUAACUAAAGGACCAACCCGAGCUGAAAUUCAACAAGAGACAGGCUGUUCAGUAACGACAAAAGGUCAAUGGUACCCAGAUCGAACGAUGGCAAACGAUCGAGAUCCACCACUUUAUCUUCAUUUAACAGCUACAACUCAAGAAGUAUUAGAUAAAGGGAUUGCAAAAGUGAAUGAAUUGAUAGACCAAGAUCUAGGUCCACUAACUGAACAACCGUUUACUCAUCAAAGAAGUGAAAGACAACCUAGAGAACGUCAGAAAUGGCCAGAACAUAAAAUCGAAAUCGGACUUGAAAGUUUAAGAAACUUGAAUGUUAGGGCUAAAGUAGUAGGACCAGGGGGUAUGUUUGUAAAAUAUAUCCAAAGUGAAACUGGAUCUAGAGUACAGAUCAAAGGGAUGGGAUCUGGAUUUUAUGAAACUGACACGGGUACCGAGUCGACCGAACCCAUGCAUAUCAACGUCACGUAA